AUGCACACUGUCCUCGAUUCCGACGGCGCCCGUCCCACGGAGUCCCGCAGGAAAAUGAGAGAGCAGAUGGGUAAAUAUGGAGACAGUAUCGAGUUUGCCGAAGGCGAAGUUAUCAUGGUUCGGAAGGCGUACUUUGAAAAUGGAUUUCAAAGGUUUAGAAUCGAUGAGAAGAUCGGAUUCUCUUCAACGAAUCACCUCAACCAUGCGAUGAUGGUCUGUUAUUUGAGCGGUGACAAGCCGAACGUCACGGUCUUCACUAACGGUCCAUCUUCGGGAGAUCCUGCAUUGAAAGAAGCUAUGGAUGCGGCACAAUCUACCGGCUAUAUCUUCGACGAACGGAUCAUCAUCGAGCUGACCCGUACACCCAAUGAGCAGAAGAAGGUACCGAGGUAG